UUCUCCAUAACGUAUAUGCUGUGUUUAGAAGAAACUGAUGAAAAAAUGAUUUUCAAAACAUUUGCUGUAGUAGCGUUUUUUACUGUUUCUAAAAUACAUGAAUCUGUAUCAAAUGAUACAGGUUCAGUGUCAUUUGACAGAUUGGAACUGCAAAUUGAAAAAAUUAAGCCAUCACAUGAAACAGAAUGGAUUGAAGAUUGUAAAUGUGUUUUACCAAACGAAUGUUUGCCCGAUGAAAAUGAUGCAUCAAUCGACAUAAGAAUAAUUACAAAACCGGAUAAAUGUCCUUCUGGAAAAGUGUACUGUUGUUCAGACCCAUUUGUAGAAAACCCAUUGUUGAUGUGUGGGAAGGCGGCGCCACAGGACAUCGAAGGAAUCAAAAUCCACCUGGAUCAGGCCAAAUUUGGCGAAUUUCCUUGGCAAGCUUUGAUACUAACCAAUGGAAAUUCAUUCGUCUCGAACGGAGCUUUGAUAGAUAAUAAACAUAUACUGUCAACGGCUCACUUUCUCACUAGUUUUUCAAAGAACGUUAGCGCGCUGAAAGUGCGACUAGGUGACUGGGACAUUUACAAGAACGUGGAGCCGCUGCCGUACGUGGAACGGGCCGUGGCGAGCGUAACGAUCCAUCCGGGAUACUCGUCGUCGACAAUGAACAACGACGUUGCCGUGAUCACCAUGUCCGAGGCGGUGACCUGGUCGAAGCACAUAAGCGCCGCGUGCUUACCGCCCGGACCGCAGCCCGACGGCACGGCGUCGUCGGGUCGACCGCACUGGACUGGGUGUCGCGUAUCCGGGUGGGGCACGGAGAGCUUCGACAGGCCGCGUUACCCCGGCGUGCUGAAAAAGGUCGGCGUCCCGCUGUGGGACCGGGACGGGUGCGUCAGGAGUCUGCGGACCACGAGGCUAGGCGGCAAGUUCAAGCUACACGAGGGAUUCUUGUGCGCUGGCGGCGAGGAGCACGAGGACGCGUGCAAGGGCGACGGUGGUUCUCCUUUAGUAUGUGAACAAGAUUCUGUUUCAUAUUUGAUUGGUUUAGUGUCUUGGGGAAUCGGUUGUGGAACGGCAUCAAUACCCGGCGUCUACAUAGAUGUGAGCUUUUAUAUCAAGUGGAUUGAAAAACAAAUAUAUUCUGAAGAAAGUCGACUUUAGUUUUAAGCAUAUUAAUAAAUUUAAUUUUAAGUUUAUUUUAUUUUAUAGUUUAUUUUAUGUUUUGACAAAAACAUGAUAUGGCACAAUGAUUCUCAGAUUUUUUUCACUCUAAUACUUAUGUUGAAAAUACGUUUAAAUUAAUAUUAAUUA